UUUGAAUCACGACGCAGCCCAACAAGGAGAGCUCAAUACAGAGCUGGCAGAGGAUGACAAUGAUGAUUAUGACGAUGAGGAGAAUGAAGAGGAAGGACGAAGUAAAAGUAAAAAGAAACAUCGACGAAAUCGAACGACAUUUACAACGUAUCAGCUGCAUGAGCUGGAGCGUGCCUUUGAAAGGUCGCACUACCCGGAUGUGUACAGUAGAGAGGAGUUAGCUAUCAAAAUCAACUUACCGGAAGUCAGAGUACAGGUCUGGUUCCAAAACAGGAGAGCUAAAUGGCGGCGACAGGAGAAAAUCGAAUACGGCAAGCUUCCUGAUUCCCUGACAGUUUCAGUUCUCCCAAAGAUGUCCACAUCUGCAACUCGGGGGCCAGCCAGUCUACCGCUUGAUCCCUGGUUGACUCCAUCCAUUGUCAGUAUUGCUGGGGACAUGACAACAGCCACGCUGACUUCCUUUCCCUCGUCAGUCCUCAGGAGCCCUGGCCCCAUGUCUUUCACAGACUACCUGCCUACUUCCAUGACGUCACAUUGCAGCAAUCUUGCCUCGCAGUUCCACGGACUCUCCGGGAUGUUUAGUCCAUUAGUUCCUAAACGGGGCCUGGCCGAGGACAGGUCAGGGGGCAGCAACAAUAAUAAUUACAGCAUCGCCUCGCUUCGGAUCCGCGCACGAGAGCAUCUUGACAUUCUGGAACGAAAAAUGGAUGGACAUGUUUUGUAA